UUCGGGUAGCCGUGGAAUAGGAGGGUCCACGGUGCGGUGCAAGUGAAGUAGAAGGCGGGGUGGCAGUGGCACAGCAGUCGAGGGCAGGCGGGCACAGGGAAGGAACGCUCGCUUGGAGCGCGCCGCGCGUACUGAAGGGACGCGUUGAUUGACAGUCGGAGGCACGGAGCGCCCCGCGCUGCACACAAGCGGAGCUCGCUAAUCUCCUCGUACCAGUCUUCUCGAAGGCAUCUCUGUGAAAUACCAGCCAGAUCAGUCUGACGCAAAUGAGGGAGGCUCUAUCCAUCCCGUGGGCUCGGUGUCGGAGUCUUCUCACCGAAUAAACGAGAGAAAUAAAGGACGCGGCAGCUCUGCGACCCUAUCCCAUCCUGUCUUUACCUGUGCAGUCAUAAGUGGUCACAGUGUGGGCUGACCUGGCGUCUCAAACUCUCCUGGCUGAACGAAAAGGUCGGGUGGCACUUUGCAAUCUGAGUCAAAGAAGAUUUUCUCGAUUUCUUCUUGUGGAGUAAAAGGACUGCGCCCGGUGCUUUCGGGGUCGUUUUGGGCUUAAUUUUUCCAGUCCAAUGUAACUGUGAUGCGUUUGAGAGUCCAGUUACAAAGCCUGGAGCCUGUUAACACUCCUUUUUUAAAUUCUUUUAAGUGGAAUAACGGCCAGAUAGUCGGGAGACUCUCGGCAGGAAUUUAAGUUCCAUUUUGGUGCGUAAUUUGUGCGGUGUGUGCGGUGGCUGAGUCGCAGAAGUAGUUGUGCCUUCCUUCCUUUUUUUACGUUGAAUACCCCAUUUUUCCAUGGAGUAGGCUAAAUCACUGAUAAAGACUUAAAAAGCGCGGGUUUAUUCUCUGUCGCCUGGAACAAACAGGCGGAUCUGAUGCGCAGAUUCUCCGUAGGAUGGUAAAUGACCGAUGGGGAACCAUGAACAGCUCUUCUGAACUCGAAGAUGGGACUCGGCAUAAAAACCAGACGUUCUGUGAGUGUGUACCCAGCUCCUCCCAGCUCAAACAUCGCUGGUCAGACUCAGAAACUGCCAGGGAGACCCCGGCCAAGGUAAGGCCCCGUCAGCACAACGUGUACAUGUCCACACAGAGGAUGAGCUGCAGCUACCUGCUCUGCACUAUCCUGCUCUUCGUGGCCGUCUUGCUGGCUGUUACCGUCACCGGCACCAUCCUUUUUAUGAAUCACUACCAGGCCCCGCCUAUGUCUGACGGCCUCCCCCACAUCUCUACCAAUCAAGAUGAAGCUAACGCCCUGGUCACUGUUGAGAGAGGAGAUGGCUCUCGCAUCAACAUCUUCAUUGACCCAAACUGUCCCGACUAUAACAGUAACUUUUUGCGGCUGGAGGGUGUGCAGACUUCACUGCUCCACUCGCUAACCGACCACGACUCUGACCUGAAGUCAGUGAAAGGCCAGGAUCGAGCUCUGCUUGUCAGUCUGGCCGAGGAGGUGGCCAAGCUGUCAGCUCAUGCAGGGCAACUGAAAAUGGACUAUGAGUCCCUACGCAGGGGGCAAGGCAGCCUGGGGCAAGACCUUAACACACUGCAGACUGAGCAGGGACGUCUCAUACAGCUGCUGUCAGACAGCCAGAUCAACAUGGUGAAGGUAGUGAACUCAGUGAGUGAUGCGCUUAAUGCCAUGCAGAAGGAGAAUGUGGGCCUGAAGGCGCGUGUCAAGGCCGACUUGCAGAGGGCACCAGUCAGAGGGGCCCGUUUCAAGGGCUGCUCCAAUGGCUCACGUCCCCGUGACUGCGGUGAUCUGUACGCCAGUGGUCAGAGAGAGGAUGGCAUCUACUCCGUGUUUCCUGUGCACCACCCCGCAGGCUUCCAGGUCUACUGUGACAUGACCACAGAUGGAGGAGGCUGGACAGUGAUCCAGCGCAGGGAGGACGGCUCUGUCAACUUCUUCAGAGGAUGGGAGUCCUAUCGGGAGGGAUUUGGCAAGAUCACGGGUGAACACUGGCUUGGCCUGAAGCAGAUCCAUGCCCUGUCCAUCCAGGGGAACUAUGAGCUACGUAUCGACUUGGAGGACUUUGAAAAUAGCACUGCUUAUGCCCAGUAUGGUACCUUUGGAGUGGGCCUCUUUUCAGUGGACCCUGAUGAUGAUGGAUACCCUUUGACUGUAGGAGACUAUUCUGGCAAUGCAGGUGACUCUCUACUGAAGCACAACGGGAUGAAAUUCACCACCAAAGACCGGGAUAACGACCACUCGGAGAACAACUGCGCCUCCUUCUACCAUGGUGCCUGGUGGUACCGCAACUGCCACACCUCUAACCUUAACGGCCAAUACCUGCGUGGUCAGCACACCUCCUAUGCCGACGGCAUCGAGUGGUCCUCCUGGACUGGCUGGCAAUAUUCACUCAAGUUCUCUGAGAUGAAGAUACGGCCAACCCGUGAUCCUGAGAAUAAAUGAAACUGACAAAAGAGAAAGAAAGAAAAAAAAAACAAAAAGAAGAAAUUUUUGAAACAUUACAAACCAGACAGCUAGGCAGAAUUACUUGUCUUGAUAUUGUUUAUUCACUAAAACAUACCUCUUUGAGUUUAGUUGACUCUGCUGUUUGCCUCCUGAUGUCUCUCUUCCUUCUUGCUCCUCUUCCUCUCAUCACUCAGCUACUAGUCAUGCUGGCUGCCAUAAUCCUUCCCCUGGUUCCUUUCUUUAAACAAUAAUGUAUUCGUGAUGCCCUUAUUUUUGAUCACUCAGUUCACACAAAACAGCACACCAGCGCCCUGAGCCCACAGUCCACUGCGCUAGCUUUACUCAGUCUGACAUGGUGGUCCAAGCAUCCCCUGCAGAAUCACACAUCAGUGAUUUCCUCCUGUCAUGUAACUCUGACCUCCCAUCUGUGCUGACAUGGCACUUAGACCGGAGUUCAGUUUCACUGCCCGUCGCUAUGUUAUCUGUGAAUGGAGAGGAUUGCUCCGAAAAAUGACAAACCCCUUCACAAAAUAUGAACAGGAGAUACCCCCCCACCCCCCUGCAAGGGAAGUCUAGCAUUUCACCAGUGAGAUGGGAAAGUGGGGUUGUGCACUGCUGUAUGUCACAUUUACAUCCUUGUGAGUAAGAACCAGCAGGAUAGUGUCAAGAAGUGCAGGGUCUCAGAUAAUGAGCGGGGGAGACUGAGAGAGAGAGAGAGAGAAAGAGAGAGUACGAGGUAACAAUUUGACAAGUUAAAUUAGUCGAAAUGAAAAGGGGUUUGAAAGAGUGAAUCAAAGAGGAGAAGUGGAAGAAGAAGAGGAGGUGCAGAUGAGAAAGAGAAAUGAGGAAAAAGAAUGCAACAACGGAGGAUCUCAUUCAUCUGACUUGGGCCAUUAGGGAGCAUAUUGGGCACUUUGUCUGAUCUGCCUGCCAGCUGACUACUGGCCAACUGAUGCAGCACUCACAGAUGGUAACCCAGCACUUUUUUUUGUAUGUGUGUGAGUGAGCGCGUGCGUGUGUGUGUGUGCGCAUGUGUGUGUGUGUGUGCGCAUGUGUGUGUGUGUGUGCAUGCACGUGUGUGUGUGUGUGUGUGUGUGUGUGUGAGAGAGAGUUUACGACGGAGAAAGACAGACAGACACAGCUCUCUAAUACAAUCAAUUUCCUGUCAUGAGUUCAGCAGAGCAUCUCGAUUGACUACAGUGUUUAGCACAGACUGACUAGAGGUGAUGCAUGGCUAGCAUACCUUCACUCUCUCCAUUGAAGUAAUUAACACGAAAUAACAAAGCCUCUAAUGUAUGUACAUGUCAUAAGAAGGAAAACUGAUAACAAUCUGAGGGGGGGCCACAGAAUGAGUGGCAAAUCAAGACUGUCUCAUGUUCUUAUUUUCUUGGACCUGUUGAGAAAAUGAUGCAUUUUUUUUCUUUGCCAACAACACCCCUCCCCCCAUUCCCACCUGUAUGGUUUGUGCUCUGUUUUGUGAAUUUUAUUUUUUUUUUCCUUUCCAGCUGAUUGUUGUGGGAUGUGUUUGUGUGACACAGUUUCACUUGUCAUGCAAACAGGGAGUAAGUUGCUGUAAAAUAAGAUUUGACGCGCUCAAACACUGUCGUUUUUCUUUUCAGUAGGAAUUCUACAAUGUGUUAUGGCAGAAACAAAAUUGCCUAAAGCAAACAAAAAAAGAUUGAAAGAAAAAGAAAAAAUAUUAUGAAUAAAAAAAAAAACCGUGGGCGGAAAAUAGUGCAAUUCCAAUUUUUCUGUUUCUUUCUCUCUCUUUUUUUUUUUUUAAAUCGGUGAAUCAACUUUUUUGCAGUUUCACCGAGUUUCUUUGGAUGUACUAAAAGCUUUAAAAAUAUCUGUAGAUUUUAUUGUACAGUGUGUAUGACUUUUAGAGCAUGUGAAUCUGUUUUCUUACUAUGCUAAAACACAAAGAGAACUGAAGCACAUGGACUUGACUAAAUCCACUGGUGAAAAAAAAACAAAAAAACAAGUGAAAUGAGAUGUAUUUACAGAACUUUUAUCCCCUUCCUCUACCUGAGCGACAGGUGGGAGCAGCCCGCGCUGCUCUGAAGGUCGAAUGUGAAUGAAAAGGAGGAAUGUUGAUUAUCCCUGGAGCACACGCCCGUUCAAACCUGCAGCACAAAUAUACAAGGGCACAAUAUGAGAGAGAUCUGGAUUCUCUUGGCACAUUUGCUGGACAUAAUGCGAUCUUCUCCUGAAGUCCUGAGUGGCACUGGGAGACGGUUUUGAAUGUGUGCUGAAGGGCAGCGCCCCAGCUGACCGUGAGUUAACGUGUAGCCCAGCAAUGUUGCACUCAAUACCUCGGACACUAGAACAGCUGUGAGGUUUUUCUGUCAUCACCGACGCUUGGAUGGAGGGAUCUCCCACUGCUGCGUGUUUUCCGCAGAACCUCGGCUGUGGACGUUCAGCUGAACGCCAUGUCCAGGUGGACCAUAGUGCUACCCCUGUUCAACAUGAAAGCACAGACACAUGUUACAAAUACUUGCUGAUGUUAUUAUGGCACAGAGUAUGAGGUAUGAUAAUGUCAGAAAAUAUGGAAAAUUUUAAGUUGGAUAUGUAUGAAGCCACUUAAGGAGAAGGAACUGGACUGUGUGAGAACGUAUGCAAGUGUGUGUGUGUGUGUGUGUGUGUGUGUGUGUGUGUGUGUGUGUGUGUGUGUGUGAGAGAGAGAGUGAGUGUGCACAUGUGUGCGUCUACAGUGUCUCUGUGUGUAUACAUAUAUGCACAUGCUUUGGUUUGUACAUGCCGAUGUGCAUGAGCCAGAUGAGAGUGGGAGGCUGAGUGUGUCUCUCUGUGGAAUUUUAAAGUCAUGUGAUGCUUAUGUACAACUUGCCUCCCCUGCUAUUUGUGUUGAUAACAGAGAGAUUUACAUAAUUAUAAUGAACUAUUACUUAUUGUGAUUGUGAACCCCAUUAGAGUGGACACCAACUUCUGGUACUGUGUUGAACUGCGCUCGUACUCUAAAUCCCCCCUCCCCGAAGAACCCACUCCCAAAAUCUUUAUUCACCUCAACACAACAUUGUGCUCAUUGUAUAUGUUAAUGCUAUGUUGCCCUUUGUUAUUUAAAUGUAGAGACGAGUAUUAUUUGCCAUACCCUUUGUGUGUGUUUGUUGAGUGAAUGCCUUUAUACUCACGCUCUCUGCUGCAGCUUUGCUAAGUCUCCAACGGAAGAGAUGAUAAAAGAGUGAAAUCAGAGGCUCUAAUCAUUCGCUCAUUACAGUGCAUCAGCACCCUCCUGAUCGAUCCCCCCGGUCCCCAAACCUUCUAUCUUUCUUACUGUGUACCUCCUUAAUUGCCUUAGCCUCUGCUGCCAAUUCCCCCUCACUCCACACCUCCUAAAUUCUCCUCUCUCCUCCCCACACAGCUCCACACUCCCAGCCUCUUUAUUGCUCUGCUUUUUUGCCCCCCUCCCCCCAAUUCCUUCAGUCCCAGCGCAGAACUAACUCUGUUUUCUUUCUUUUCUUUUCUUUUUUGGUGAAGUACUAUAGAUUGUUUUCGCUGAAUCUUGAUAAUGUGUUUUAAUGUUCUUGUCAACAUUUAAUAAACAUUCACAUUUUAUAAAUGGGGAAUACCCUGAA